AUGGCCGUUUUUGAAGGCUUGUCUGGGGUAUGGACAGUUAUUUUUAUGUAUCUCAUUUGUUUCUUCAGUUUCACCGGUGCUACCAGCUUUCGACCACGCCAUGGCCAUAGCCACAUGCUCGAAAAGCGUGGAACUACCCCUAUGGGCUUUCAGCUCGCAGCAACCGGCACCUUGACAGGAGUAGGACUUACGUCUACCUGUGAGCAAGUUUUAUACCAAAAUAUCAACUGCAAUGCUUUCGUUUCGACUUUAGGGCAGAGAGUCUACCAUGGCUCGUUACAGGAUCCCUUGCUAACGGACUCUGUAUGCAUGCCUACGUGUGGUAAUGCUCUAAUGACGGCGCACAGACGAAUCCUCGGGGCAUGUGCCCAAUCGCCAGAGCUUGCUCCUGGUUAUCCUGUUGUUGCUUUGCUAGACAGAAUUCACACUGGCUGGAAUGAGACCUGUUUAAAGGACAAUAAGUCAAUGAAGUAUUGUAAUGACAUUAUUGAAUCCUGGCCCGCAGUUGAGGAGAUUAGCGAUAUGCCACGAGAUCAGCUUUGCUCAUACUGCUAUGGUGCUAAGCUUAGGCUCAUGCAGCAAUCACCAUACUCAGCUUAUGAUAAUUUGUAUGCGGAAAGGCUCGAUUUCGUGAUAAAAAGCUGCAAUCAACCGGAUUCUCCAACUAAGCCUAUUGAGAGCCCAGGAAAUACAACCUUACCGGAAGCGUGCCAUUCUGAUAGAAAGUACGUGACCCAACAAGGUGAUACUUGUGACAGUAUUGCUAGUAAAAAGGGGGUAUCUGCUGCAACACUUUAUUAUAUCAACUCUGGCCUUCGAAAUUGUGAUAGUCCCGGUGUCGGUAUCAACCUGUGUUUGCCGCAAUCUUGCAACUCGACGUACUCAGUGAAGCCAAAUGAUAACUGCGUGGACAUCGCUAUCAGCCACGGUACGGGAUGGAAGGAACUUGUUACAUGGAAUCCCGGCCUUGACUCCCUCUGUACUAAUAUUGUGGGUGCAAACCCAUCCUGGGGUACAUUCAUCUGUGUCACACCUCCAGGGGGCGCUUAUGAGGGCUUACCUCCUGGAAAUUCAUCGAACCCAGGCAAUGGAAAUGGUGGCGGGCCAGGGGGCUCCGGAGACGGAUACUCAGACGAUAUUGUUCCCGCACCAAAUGGAACUAUCGCAAAGGGCACCACGGACAAAUGCGGCAAUUACGUACAAGCCCAGGAUGGAGACAGCUGCGGAACGAUUGUGAUCCGUGGUGCAGUCCCUGUGGAUCUCUUCGUUGAUGUGAACCCCUCUUUGGAGUCUACUACAAGCUGCACCGCACGUCUCCAGCCGAGCGUCUGGUACUGUCUCAACCCAUUUAGAUAUUGGAAUACAACUGUGCCCGGGGUCUAG